AACUUGUCCCUCACUUGCAGGGCUUGGUUUACUUAAUCAGAUUCACAGAAAUCACUCAAGGUCAGGUUUUAAACAAAGCAUACUUUACUUACUAUCAAGAUGAGUGAUGAGGAGAUCACUUACACAUCUGUGAGAUUUGGUAAGUCUUCAGAAUUGCAGACCCAAGGAAGGCAUGAUGAGACUCAAGGGCCGAGACAAACUGUUCACAGAGAGUGUUUAGUCCCCAGGUACCUCAUUGCAAUAUCUCUGGGAAUCCUUUGUUCCCUUCUGGUGGCCAUCGCAGUGUUGGUGGCAUAUGUGUCUCAGUAUAGUGGAAACAAUCAUGUACUGCAGAAAACUCUAAACAACCUCACUCAACAGUAUCAAACCCUACAAAGUAACAAUACCUUGAUGAAAGAAACACUGAACAAUAAGUCUAGAGAGUUUGAUGACCUCAAACAUCAGAAGGAACUUGACUCCUGCAAUAGACGCUGUGGAGAAACUAAAGUUUCAGAUUGCAUAAAGUUCACAGGCAAAUAUGUUGACGGAUCCUGGUUCUGCUCUGACAUAAAAUGUUAUUUCAGCAUGGACAAAAAAGACUGGAGUGGAUGUAUACGGACCUGCCAGGACUGCAGCUUGUCCCUUUUGAAGAUAGACGAUGAUGAUGAACUGAAGUUCCUUCAGAUCAAAAUUAAUCCAAGCACUUACUGGAUUGGAUUAUCGUAUAAUACAGGAAAAAGCCAAUGGCAAUGGAUUGACAAUGGCCCAUUUAACCUUGACUCGAAAAUAGCAAAUUUAAGUCAUAAAACCAGAAGAUGUGCAUUUUUAUCUAGAACAAGACUAGAUUAUACUAAGUGUGAAAAUUGUUAUCCCUGUAUCUGCGAGACGAGAAUGGAUAAAUUACCCAAAUCGCCCUCAAGCAAGAAGGAAAGAAAUCACUCAAGGUCAGGCUUUAAAGCAAAGCAUACCUUACUUACUAUCAAGAUGAGUGAUGAAGAGAUCACUUACACAACUGUGAGAUUUGGUAAGUCUUCAAAAUUGCAGACCAGAGGAACGAAGGAUGAGAUUCAAGAGCCGAGAGGAACUGUUCACAGAGAGUGUGUAGUCCCCAGGUACCUCAUUGCAAUAUCUCUGGGAAUCCUUUGUUCCCUUCUGGUGGCCGUCACAGUGUUGGUGGCAUAUGUUUCUCAGUAUAGUGGAAGCAAACAUGAACUUCAGAAAACUCUAAACAACCUCACUCAACAGUAUUAUACCCUGCAAAGUACCAACUCCCUGACGAAAGAAAUGCUGAGAAAUAAAUCUAGAGAGCUUGAAGACUUCAAACAUCAGAAGGCACUUGACUCCAACAGAGAACAGAACAGAUGCUGUGGGGAAACUAAAGUUUUAGAUUUCAUACAGUUCACAGGCAAAUAUGUUGACGGAUACUGGUUCUGCUCUGGCAUAAAAUGUUAUUUCAUAAUGGACAAUAAACACUGGAGUGGAUGUAAACAGACCUGCCAAAACUGCAGCUUGUCACUUUUGAAGAUAGACGAUGAUGAUGAACUGAAGUUCCUUCAGGACAAAGUUGUUCCAAACAAUCACUGGAUUGGAUUGUCGUAUAGUGCAAGAAAUAUCAAAUGGCAAUGGAUUGACAAUGGCACAUCUAACCUUGAUUUGAUGACAGUGAAAUCAUUACAGAGAAGUGGAGGCUGUGCAACUUUCAGUUUUAAAGGCAUAAAUCCCUAUGACUGUGGGAGAAUCUACCCCUGCAUCUGUGAAAACAGAUAUGAUAAAUUCCCUCACUUAGUGUGCAGUAGGGAGGAAAAGUAAAAUUGGAACUUUUGUUAUCUUUCUUAGUUUCAUAUGAUGAGUCAAGACUACUUAAUGACUAGUGUCUUAACCACAGGACUCGGUCACCUGAGCAAACAGAUUAUUGGAUGAAAAAGUGAAGCAAUAUUCUUCUGAAACCUAACUUAACACAGCAGAAGCCAUCUCACUUCAUUUAA